AUGGAUGGCUCGUCAGAGAUGUGUGAGGAUUUGUUCAGACAGACGGCAGAUAACACCGACCCUGACCUGUCCUUCUCUGUUGAGGUUUCAUAUAUGGAGAUUUACUGUGAGCGGGUUCGGGACUUGCUGAACCCAAAAAGCAAAGGGUCCUUGAGGGUCAGAGAGCACCCGAUAAUGGGCCCUUACGUAGAAGACCUCUCCAAAAUGGCAGUUACCAACUACAGUGAUAUUGCCGAUCUCAUGGACACUGGCAACAAAGCCAGGACGGUUGCUGCUACUAACAUGAACGAGACCAGCAGUCGCUCACAUGCGGUCUUCACCAUCCUCUUCGCUCAGCGUCGACAUGAUAGCAUGACCAGUCUGGACACAGAGAAGGUGAGCAAGAUCAGUCUGGUUGAUCUGGCAGGAAGUGAGAGAGCAGACUCAUCCGGAGCCAAAGGCACGAGGCUGAAGGAGGGAGCCAAUAUUAACAAAUCUCUGACAACACUGGGUAAAGUCAUCUCAGCACUGGCAGACAUGGGCUCGAAGAAGAGACGCUCUGAUUUCAUUCCCUACAGAGAUUCUGUGCUCACGUGGCUGUUGAGAGAAAAUCUAGGUGGAAACUCGCGCACGGCCAUGAUUGCUGCUCUGAGCCCCGCAGAUAUUAAUUAUGAAGAAACGCUCGGUACUCUCAGGUAUGCAGACAGAGCCAAGCAGAUAAAGUGUAACGCUGUCAUUAACGAGGAUCCGAACGCACGGCUCGUCAGGGAGCUGAAAGAAGAGGUCAACAGACUCAAAGAGCUCCUCCUGUCUCAGGGGCUCAGUAACCUCAUCGCUGCCUCAGGGACUGAAACGGGCCGGCCGGCUUUGGGAGGAGCGUCAGGUGAGCUCCAUCAGCCCUCGCUCUCAUAUGCACCGUCUACCUCUGAUGCACCGAUGGAGGGUGUGACGCCCACCAGUCCCACUGCGCACAUCAGCAAAGAGGAGGCUGUGGAGAGACUCCAGGAAACAGAGAAGAUGAUUGCAGAGCUGAAUGAAACAUGGGAGGAGAAGCUCAGGAAAACCGAAUCAAUACGACAAGAGAGGGAGGCGCUGCUGGCUGAGAUGGGUGUGUCUGUGAAAGAGGAUGGAGGAACAGUGGGUGUCUUCUCGCCCAAAAGAACGCCCCACCUGGUGAAUCUGAACGAGGAUCCUCUGAUGUCAGAGUGUCUGAUCUAUUACAUUAAAGAUGGAGUCACCAGGGAGGCGCUGCUGGCUGAGAUGGGUGUGUCUGUGAAAGAGGAUGGAGGAACAGUGGGUGUCUUCUCGCCCAAAAGAACGCCCCACCUGGUGAAUCUGAACGAGGAUCCUCUGAUGUCAGAGUGUCUGAUCUAUUACAUUAAAGAUGGAGUCACCAGGGUUGGUCAGGAGGAUGUGGAUAUUCGUCUUAGCGGUCAGUUUAUAAAGGAGCUGCAUUGCGUCUUCUGCAGUGAAGUCAAUGAGAAUAACGAGGUGGCGGUGACUUUGGAGCCAUUAGUUGGAGCAGAAACGUACGUCAAUGGAAAACGAAUCACUGAUGGUGUUGUGCUCAAACAAGGUAACCGUAUAGUGAUGGGGAAGAGCCAUGUGUUCAGGUUUAACCACCCUGAGCAGGCCCGCUUAGAGAGAGAGCGCAGUGCCACACAGGAGCAGCAGGGGGAGCCGGUGGACUGGAGCUACGCACAGGAAGAACUGCUGGAGAAACAAGGCAUUGACAUAAAGCAGGAGAUGGAGAAGAGACUGCAGGAUCUGGAGAAUCAGUACCGCAAAGAGAAAGAGGAGGCCGACCAGAUCCUGGAACAGCAGAGACUGUAUGCAGACUCAGACAGCGGUGAUGACUCUGAUAAGCGGUCCUGUGAGGAGAGCUGGAGACUCAUCUCCUCUCUAAGAGAGAAAUUACCAGCCAACAAGGUGGCGCUUGGAGACUUUAAACACACUCGGCAAGAGAUCGAGGCCUUGGCCAUUGUCAAGAUGAAGGCGUUUUGUCAGACAUACAGCCAAAAAGACCCUCAGGAGAGAGAGAGCUGGAAAAGUGUGGCCAAGGACGUAUGUGAGACGGUGGGCAUCGGAGAAGAGGAAGGAGACGGGGAGGAAAGAACGACGACAGCAGCUGGAGGAGGAGCGAGCGAGCGAGGAAAGACCGAUAUGGGAGAGCUCAAAGCUCAUAUCGACAAGCUGACUGAUAUACUGCAGGAAGUCAAGUUGCAGAAUAAUAUGAAGGAUGAGGAGAUCCAAUCGCUGAGGGACCGCAUGGUGAAGAUGGAGAAGAUAUUCCCAGUCGAAGAUCAGGGAGACGACGAUGACAUCGGCUUGGAUGGGGUCAGGGGUCACGAGCCGCCAGCUCAAGUCGACAGAUGCGACGAGGAUUCUGGCUACCAGCGGGGUCGCCAUCGCUGGCAGUACCCAGAGAAAUACCACAACCCUAAGCGUCGCAGAGGAGCCGGCAAUCAGCCAAACAACGCCCUCUACCCGGCGCCUCCCUCGGGACACUCUCUGAACAACCCGUUCAGUACGGCAUCGUCUCGAUUCUCAAAUCCGUCUUUCUGUUCUCAGACCUCUCGCCUACCCAAUGGGCCUUUCAUGCCAGGCACGGGACGCUUCUUGCCACCUCAUGAGAGGAAGCUACAGUUCCCCUUUAAGAAUAAUUCUCAACACCGAGGCUUCAUCUGGGGCCCGUCAUCAGGGGGCGAAAGUGGAAAGGACCCUUCCACUCAGUCCAGUACGGAUUUGAUUCAUACUUUCCAAUCAUCCCCCUCACCAAACAAAGGCCAGUGGCCAAACAGCCAGCACUGGCGCAAUCACGAGAACAGAGGCUACGGCAACUGUGGGAACAGGCAACAAUCCAGAAACAGGGGACGGAAUCCAUUCAAUGGAUAUUUAACCAACGAACAGGCUGGAAAUGCUGAGCGUAAAGACGGUGGCUCGGUCCAGCACAAGCAGGGUAGAGCGCGCUACACCUGGUACAAUCCCAGCUUCGCUUCAGACCAGUUUGUUGGAGACGGAUUCCAGCACAGCUACAACCAAAGCAGACAAGGUGUCUACAAACACCCCAACUCACACUACCAGCACAACCCUCCAGAGAUGACCCAGCGUGGGUCUGAAGGCAGUCCCAAUCCACCAUCCAUCCCAGACUGCAGCAUGGAGACCUGAUUUCAUCUGCGGAGACCUGCGAGCCAUAACACUCUGAUUCUCUUGUGCACAGUUCUCGCAUGGGACUCCUAGAAACGGUGUUUUGGCUUUAGAUGCUGGGAGAAACUCCUUGUGCAAUAAGUGCAAUAACGCCUUCCUGUUUGAAAUGAGACUAUUUUAUGCAACUGAGUUUUUAUGUACAUAUUGCAGUUUCAUACCUGCACCUACAGUGCUUUAUGAGUGAUGUUUUUAUGUGCGCACAUAUCUAUAUGUGACCCAGGAGCACAAAACCAGUCAUAAGGGUCAAUUU